CGCUCGCGGUCAGCGGCAGGUUUUUCUACGAAGAAGAGGACGCGUACAUUUUCAGAAGAAAUAUCAAACGUCUACAAGCUUUUCUAAAAGAUGCAGAUCUUUGUCAAAACCCUCACUGGCAAGACCAUCACCCUUGAGGUCGAGCCAAGCGACACCAUUGAGAACGUAAAGGCAAAGAUCCAGGACAAAGAAGGCAUUCCCCCUGAUCAGCAGAGGCUGAUCUUUGCUGGCAAACAGCUGGAAGAUGGUCGCACACUGUCUGACUACAACAUCCAGAAAGAGUCCACCUUGCAUCUGGUAUUGCGUCUCAGGGGAGGCAAGCAAAACUUCGUCAAGACUCUCACUGGCAAGACAAUCACCCUUGAGGUUGAGCCCAGUGACACCAUUGAGAACGUCAAGGCAAAGAUCCAGGACAAAGAAGGCAUUCCCCCUGAUCAGCAGAGGCUGAUCUUUGCUGGCAAACAGCUGGAAGAUGGUCGCACACUGUCUGACUACAACAUCCAGAAAGAGUCCACCUUGCAUCUGGUGCUGCGUCUCAGGGGAGGCAUGCAGAUCUUCGUCAAGACUCUCACUGGCAAGACAAUCACCCUUGAGGUUGAGCCCAGUGACACCAUUGAGAACGUAAAGGCAAAGAUCCAGGACAAAGAAGGCAUUCCCCCUGACCAGCAGAGGCUGAUCUUUGCUGGCAAACAGCUGGAAGAUGGUCGCACACUGUCUGACUACAACAUCCAGAAAGAGUCCACCUUGCAUCUGGUGCUGCGUCUCAGGGGAGGUUCAGAUAUUUAAACUGACAAUCUCAGAAAUGGACAUUUAAUUCUUUCAGUAUCCCCUGUUCAUGCACUCACCACAUUGUCCCCUACUCUCUCCGUACUUUAUUACUGAAUCCAGGUACAUUUUCCAACACUUUUUUUUUUUCCACCUGUUUUUUAUG